AUGUGCGUUUGGCGGAGUCGCGCCGACGAAGCAGGUCUAUUGUCGCGUCGCACUUGUUGGUCUGUGGUCGUCGAGGCUCAUAGUAUUAGUGUUAGUGCCAGUAGCACGUGUGUCUCGACAUCCCGACAAGAUGUAUGCCUUUGUGCGCUUUAGGGAUGAUGGAAUGAAAGUAGCCGUGUCCGUCGAUCGCAUUAAAAAUUUCGCUCCAAAAGAUCUCAGGGAUUUCAACUCCACAAAAUGGUAUAGAGUGCGCUGGGAGGACGAAGAAAACAGCGGAUAUUUAUGGGCCCAAAUUAUGAAGUUGUUUGCAACCAAAGAGGAGGCCGACGCGUGCACGGAAGGUGUGGAGAAGCGCAUUUCGUGCCCGAAAAUGCCACUGUACAGUGACUCUGAAGAAGACUCUUGCACCAGUCACGAUUCCUACCGAGAGGAGAAGAAGAACAAACGAACUUCAAAGUUGCGGCAAAAGAAUGUUGAGGCGACGUUCAGGAAAAAGCAAUUAGAGGCUCUCUUCCCUGAGGAACAGGACCACAAGACAGAGGAGCUUGAGCAGGAAGUUUCCAGGCUGAGAGCAGAAAAUGCCAAACUCUCUGCAAGAAUAGAGAUGCUGGAAAAAGCUCUGUGUAGCAAGAUCUUCGAUUCAGAGAAACGCUGUUGUGAAAAGAGCGCACACGGUGACAAAGUUCUCACAAGCUCGGAAAGUAGCAUGAAAAAGGCACUGCAGCCCUCCGGGAGCGCAGGCGCAGCAAAACCAGCACAACAGCUCUUCAGGAGUCCUGAAGGACCAGUGAAGGGCAGCUCGGAAGAAACGCCAUCAAGCAAUUUAAAAGAAAAUGACGAGCCCAAUGCUGGAAAGUUGACAGCUUCUCUUUACAAAAGUGCUGAAGGACAAGUACAUUUGGAGAAGGACGUAUACGUUACGGAGGCUCUCUAUAACCGCCUCAUGGCUGCGAAGACGGACAGCCGAUUUGUUCGGGAAGCUGCCGUGGCAAUUUUUUUGACGGCAGGCUUGGCUGGCCACAGUGUGACCGGUGCAGUGUCAAACCGGACGAAAACUGGCGCAAAGCCAGCGUUGGACAAAACUAAGUACUCAGUCCUAAGUGAUUUCUUCAGCAACUUUUUGCUACAACGUUAUCCGAUUGGGGAGAUGGAAAAAAGAAAAGAACUGAUGAAUAAAAUCCUUGUUGUCAAGAUUGCCGAUAUAAUGAAAGUGAGUGCAGCAGGACAGCGAAGGAGAAAGUGCCAGCAACCUUGGAGAACUCAAAGAAGCAGGCAAAGAACAUGUAUGUGGAGCGGAAUAAAGACCUUUUGUGUAUUACAGGUGUCUUAGUGUUGCUCACAAUGUACAUGCGUGCCGCUGCGGUGAGCUACGUGGAGGAUCUAGCUGCCCAGUGUGCCUUUAUGUAGACUAGAAUGUCCUCAUACACUUAUUAGUACCAGCGCUAAUAGACCUAUUAGU